AUGGCCUUGAAACUGUCCUACUUUGACAUUCGCGGUCUUGCCGAGCCAGUCCGUCUUCUUCUUGUUGACAAACAAGUCGCCUUCGAGGACCAUCGCAUCGCUCGUGACCAGUGGGCCGAGAUUAAGCCAAAGAUGAUCUUCGGACAAGUUCCAUGCCUUCUGUCGGGCGAUGAGGAGCUCGUUCAAUCCGGUGCUAUUCUUCGUCAUCUCGGACGUGUCCAUGGUCUUAACGGAAACAAUGAGACCGAGACAACAUUCAUCGACAUGUUCUACGAGGGAAUUCGCGAUUUGCACAACAAGUACGCUCAGAUGAUCUACGGAAACUACGAGAAUGGCAAGGACGCCUACAUCAAGGACACCCUUCCAGGAGAGCUCGCCCGUCUUGAGAAGCUCUUCAGAACCUACAAGAACGGAGAGCACUACGUGGCAGGAGACAAGGAAAGCUACGCGGACUACGUGUUGUUCGAGGAGCUUGACAUUCAUCUCAUCCUCUCGCCAACCGCUUUGGAUGCAACUCCAGUGCUCAAAAAGUUCCAUGAGAGAUUCGCCGAGCGUCCGAACAUCAAGGCCUAUCUCAACAAGAGAGCCGCUAUCAAUCCACCAGUCAACGGAAAUGGAAAACAAUAA